AUGACAAACCCAGUGAUGUCUGUGAACCCUUUACUGGCACCAUCAGGACAUCAGAGGAUCCCACUGGUUCCCUCACCAUUUGGGCCUCCAAUUGUGGACAGAGAUGUCUUGACCUCCAGUAUAGCUCCAACUGAUCCGAGCCAGUUUUGUGCUCCCUCCCAGUUUGGAUCCUCUGUUGUCCCGAACGCAAACGUGCCAAACCCGCUGCCGGGUCACUUCUACUCAGGCUGGGGCAUUUUACCACCUGAACCCAUAAAGGCCAUGCCCACAAGGAAUGAGAUGAUUGAAAGGCAUCACACUGCCAGGGCAGAAAUAGAAAUGUAUUCUCUUUACCACCAAAGGAGGAUGGAAAGAGUGAAUCCCCAGGGACUCACUGGCCUGGGGAUACCCCUCUUUUAUGGGUCGAGUUGCCUGGGUGGCCCUGCAGGCUUCCAAGGCAGGAGCACACUGCCUGCCAGUGAUCUGCAUCUACACAGAAGCACCUCCAGACACCUUCAGGGAAAUCCUGUUCUGCUGACAACUAGACCACACUUUACAGAGUGCUGGGGCCAGAAAUACCGACUCCGGAGAGGUCCAGUCUACCAGAGACCUCUAGAGAGCGACACUGAACGUUUCAAACGUCAAACAGAAGAAAAAAGCUCAGGCCAGAUGCCUGACCUUCCCUAUGAAGAAGAAGACAUCAAGGAUCCAGAAAUCGAGGUAGACAACAGCCAGAAGUCAAGGGAAGUGGAUGAAAAACCGACUUCAGGCCUCACCAACCCCUGCGGAGAGCUCCAGCCAAGCCAGAUGAAACCCCCUUCCCUAGAGGUCAAGGCUUGGGAUGGUGGGAAGGAAAAGCCCUCUGAACAGGGCUGUGAAGGCUGCGAUGAACAGAGCGGGGUUGGCCUGCCCGUUUCCAUCCUACCUCUGUCAGGAACACAUGAACUGGUUGCCCUUGGGGAGAACCGUUCUUCGGCUGAUAUUCAGAAAUGGACUGUAGAUGAUGUGCACAACUUUAUCAGAAGCCUUCCGGGCUGUUCAGACUAUGCCCAGGUAUUUAAGGAUCACGCGAUUGAUGGAGAAACACUGCCCCUUCUCACCGAGCACCAUCUUCGAGGCACCAUGGGGCUGAAGCUUGGGCCAGCACUAAAAAUUCAGUCUCAGGUAUCUCAGCAUGUUGGAAAUAUGUUCUGUAAGAAAAUUCCUUCACUUCCCACCCACGCAAGGCAAGCAUUUGAUCAUCCAGCAGACACAUCCCCUCUUUUGGAUAUUAAUUCCUGGAGUGAUGGUUUGAGCAUCCCUUGUUCCCAGGAUAUAAUGAUUCCCAAAAGAGCUGAGCAAGACAGUAUGAGAAAUUAA